UAUUUGGGUAUAUAUGCCAUUGUCCCAACUUUUAAAAAAAAAAAGAUUUGAUUAAAACAGUGAAAGGGAGGUGGGGAAGAGUGAAGAUGGAGAAUGCAUAUAAGCUUCUACUUUCAUGCCCCUCUGGUCUCUCUCCUUCACAGGUAUCAGUGAAUUUUGAUGUGUCGUUUGAUAGAGUUCCGCAUCCUGACAUUGACUUAGAAAACUCCAUUGCUGAGAUAUGGGAGCAAAGGGUUCAAAAAAGCACAUCCUUGUUCAACGGGAAAAAGUUCCGGUAUGGAGGACACUAUGGCGUGGAGACUCAUGUAUGCCUUCACCUUGGUCUAACAGAUUAUAGGACUUUUGUGGGGACAAACUUAAAUCCUUUAUGGGAAAAGUUUAUUGUUCCAUCUGAAGAUGAUUGUGAGCAGUGUCAACACACAUCUAGUCCAUUGGGUAAUGGUGCAGUUGUGGAAACAUCUGACAAUAAAAUACUUGUGCUCCAAAGAAGUAAUAAUGUUGGAGAGUUUCCCGGAUAUCUUGUCUUUCCAGGUGGCCAUCCUGAGCCUGAAGAAGUUGGUAUCGUAUCACAUGAGUUUGAAAACGAGUUGCAGAACUCAGAGUUGACAAAUAGUAAAGUAUCCCAGGAGAUGUUUGAUAGCAUUGUCCGUGAAGUGGUCGAAGAAAUAGGAGUACAUGCAGUAACUUUGAGUGACCCAGUGUUCAUUGGUAUAUCCCGAAGGGUUUUGAAUGUCAGACCAACUGCUUUCUUCUUUAUCAAGUGCAAUCUUCUAUCAACAGAAAUUCAACAACUCUAUUCUAGUGCGCAAGAUGGCUAUGAGUCAACAAAACUCUAUACUAUUCAACCUAGUGAGUUGGAGAACAUGUCGUCCAGAAUGCCUGGUUGCCACCGAGGAGGAUUUGAACUUUACAAGUUGAUGUUAGAAGCUGGGAAGAAUUAAUGUCAACCGAAUAUAUUCAAGCUGACACUCCAGGUUACCCAUUGGGUUUAAAAGUGAUCAAAUAUUCAAGGUGCCGUUGUACUUUUAUUAAUGAUUGAAAUUAAAUACAAAGUGAAAAGUGGUUUGAUCGAUUGUU